AAUCAGGGCGGCGCUUUGCGGCGCGGGUUUCAAACGGCCGUCGUCAGCCGCCUUGAUACUGCGGGCGGUUAUGGCGGCGCGUCUUUCUCCUCAGCUCCCGGCUAGCCGCAGGUCCGCGCCGGCGUACCGAGAACAAAGACGACAAAAAGUUGAAGAAUAUCUAUCAAGAAAAAAGACCUUUUCUACCAUGCCCAUUCAAGAAAACCAGGCAUCGAUCAGUAGCAGAACUAGAAGAGCAACUAGCAAUAAACUGCAAGACAAAAUACAGCUCUCAAUAUCUCCAAAGCCAGAAAUGGAAAAUAAAGAGAAUGCUAAUAAACUGUUAUGGGACCAAUCAAAUGGAACCUCAGAGAAAAAUGUUAUUUUAAACUCUUCCACAAUCACACUGACAAAUUCCAUAUCAGGGACAAAUUAUCCUGAAGAUCAUGCUUCCAAGGAUGAAGUUACUGAAAUAAAAUCUCAGCAUGUGUCACUCAGCAAGUCCUUCUUGCAAAUAAAAAGCAUAAAAGAGAAGCAAUUGAUCGCAGAAAAACAAAAGUCAACUAUCGGCCUACCAAAGAAACCAGUGCUUGGUACAUAUCGUGGCAGAGUUAUUCAAUCCAAGAUAAACUCCUUCCGAAAAGCACCAAAAAGUGAGGGUGAGAAGAGUUCUUUGCCAGACAAGAAGAAGCUUCGUCCUUCUGCCACCAAACCAGCAGCAAGUUCUUUGUCCACCAGCAGCUGUAGUGUAGUUCUAAAGACCACCAAAGUCACAAACUACCCUAAUUCUGUAAACCCAAAUGGUGCCCUCCAAUUCCAGAGCAAACCAUCUGACAAAGCUGCUAUUAACUCACAGUCCAGUCUGAAGAAACGGCAACCAACAUCUGCUGUAGCACCAAAGAAAGUAACAGUCCAAAAAAUGACUGGUAGAAGGGGACCACAGCCACCAAAAGCUGCUUCUAACAGUUCUGACUGCAGAGUGCUAGGAGUGAAGAAAAGUGCAGAUUUUUGUGAAGAUGCAAGACCAGAAGCUCCAGCAAAACCAAUUUCUGUUGAUCCUGAUACAAAGUCGGGAUGGAAUUCUAAAACUAAUGGCAACAGAAAAUCUGUUCUGCCAAAAGAGACAGCAGAAGUGAGAAGGGCUCGCCUGGAUGAAUGGAGGUCAUCUAGAGGAAGAGUGAUGAGGAGACCUCCUAUAUCUGUGCUUCUGAGAGCCCAGUCUAAAAGUGAAGAACAAGAACUCUCUUCUGGUGAUUCUUUAGAGCAUGUAUUACAUAGUGAAAAAGUCAACAAGACUCUUGCAGAAUGUCUGCAGUUAACUGAACAGGGAUGUCAAGGCGAUGAAGUACGUGCCAUGUUGGAAGAUCUGACACGCAGCAUUCCUGGGGCUAAAAAGCUUGCAAAAUAUUGGAUCUGUUGUAUGCGUCUUGAACAGAUGGGCCCUCUUGAGAAGCUUAUUGCUGUCUACGAGGAGGCCAUUUUGGCAGGAGCGAUGCCUAAAGAUGAACUACGACACACGCUAAUAGAUACUAUGAAAAAUACUGAAAGCCUUUUUAAGUCUGAGGAUGGGGGAACUGUGAUAGAAGGUCAUUUAAGUGAGGUAGUAGAAGUCAGCAAGGAACCAAAUUCAUCUGUAGAGCAGGUUCAGGAGGCCUUCAAGGAUCUUGGCUCUGAUGAUGACGACCAAAAAGCAGAUAGUGAUGACAAGAAGGUGGAGAUUAGCAGCGAAGUGAUCAAAAAAGAAGAAAUGGAUUUAGACUUGAAACCGAGACAAGAGAUCUUGCCAAAAAAGAAUAAAAAGCACAAGACUAAAGAACGUGCAAAAAAGAAAGGAAAAUGUGAAACAGAAGAGCAGAAUCAGGAUGCGGUAGAAGAUAUAGCCAUAUCCUUCUCUCCUGAGAAGGAGAAUGACACAUCUUAUUUAAUGAGAUAUAAUGCAUCUGCCACGCCAUACUUGGAAAGUGUGAAGAUGCACCAUGAGGCAAAUGACUCCAGUGCUAAAGACCUGAAAAUUGUAACCCCUUUGCGAUAUUCUCAACGCAUUCGGGAGAAGAUGUGCAAGCUGUUGGAUACUGUUAAAGAUCAAGAUCCAUGUGUCUCUUCAUUUGAACAGCUGGGAGAAUGGGAAUCACAAGCCACUGAAUUUAUCCACAAACAGAGCAUCGUGCUCAAAGAAACAAGUGCUGAAGUGGAAGAGUAAAAAAUAGUAUUAAUGCUACAGGGGGGUUAAAGAUUGUAUCGUUUUUAAGGGUAAUUGGGGAGUGUUUGUUUUUAGUAGCUGUGAGAAAGGAGCUAUCUAAAACUUGCAUGGAUGGCUUAAGAUGAAAUUUGACUGCCUGAGUUACUAAACUUCUGAAUUUAUGAUCUGCCUUUUAAAAAUUGUGGUAAAACUGAUCUGUUUUAGUACUUAUAAACAUCAGUGUCUUCAUGUUAAAUGUGAUUCAUUAAAUUGAAUUAAGGACUAGGUUUAACACUUCAUAUAACAGUUUGCUUUUAGUAUAUUGCUAAUAUCUACUGUUUUCCUGUUGCAAUUAGAAUUGCAUAAUCUAACUUUUAGUUUAAGAAACAAAAAUAAUGUAGGCAUUCCAAUAGGGUAGCAUCCACUACAGCAACAUUCUGGUUUGAAAACUGAAACCAGCUGCUAAGGCGUACACUAAGUUUAAACUGUUGUAUCCAUUUUUAGGGGGUAUUUCAACAAAACUGAGUUUAAUCCCUUUAGUUGCUGGGAUUAUUCACUAUCAAGUACUCUCCCCUACAUGAGGUCUGAUACACUAAUUACUAUGUGACUUCUAAUGUUGGUUUGCAUUAGUCUGUAAUAUGGUAGAUUUAUUAAACUAAUCAACUGA